CAUGCAGUAGAGACUAGAGACAGAGAGCUCGACCUUUGACUUUGAUAAUGGCAGUUUCUCCGAAACAUUUCCAGGUUCCUUCAUCUUUCACGCUUCAUCCAUCUUCUUCCUUCAGCUCCUUAAUUCCUUCUUCUCCACUCUCUGUUACUGCUUCAACGAUUCGAGCCUCCACAAGAUUUAGCUCCAUACGCGUCCGUUUCAGUCGACGAUCGAUCGUCAGAUACAACGACCACGCCGGAGAAGAAGAAGAAGAUAGUGACGAGGAUAAGGAAGAAGAUUGGAGUUUUGAGGAAGCAGUGACGCUGUUCAACAAGAGAGAUUAUUACAAAAGUCACGACGCGCUUGAAGCUCUUUGGAUUCAAGCUCAAGAACCAACUCGUACCUUAAUUCAUGGAGUUCUUCAAUGUGCUGUUGGAUUUCACCAUCUCUUCAACAACAACCAUAAAGGAGCGAUGAUGGAGUUAGGAGAAGGAGUAUGUAAGCUAAGGAAGAUGAAUUUCGAAGGUGGACCGUUUCACGAAUUCGAGCGAGAUGUUUCGGCCGUUCUUGAAUUUGUUUAUCAAACUCAGCUCGAACUCGCUGCUUGUUCAGAAGAUAUGUGUUUGACGAUGGAUCAAUCAGACAGAUCGUAUCAACUCUUGGGUGGUUAUGCAGCUGGACAGAGUAUUUACAGCUUAGAGACUCUGGUUGACUUCAACAAUGAAAUGUCUGAAACAACUUCUAUACUCUUCUCUCCUUCGAGUUCAUCGUCUGAGCCAACACGGGUUAAGCUCCCUACCUUAAGCGCAACCGAUAAGCAUCUUCUUGCUUUUACAUACGACCAGAGAUUCUGAAGAGAAUAAUCAAAUAUAGGUUCUGAUUUGGA